GAAAACUUGAGCUGCAAUGACUACAAAAAGUGCUAAGAUUCCACUMGCCUACCGCKUUGUUAUUGCGUGCUGUGGGUUGAUAACAAUUGCUUCUGUAGGUUUUUUAAUAUGGAUUUUCAUAGGCRUAUCUAUAGAGUUUCGCGAACUUAAGGCGAAAGUCAUUACGAUAGAAAGUGAUUAUUUACUGGUCAGAAAAGCCGACAAGGAAUCAAAAGGCAGUAAUGGAAAACAAGGACCAAGAGGUUCAAAUAUCACUAAAAUUGUAGAAAAAGUUCUAGACAAACAUUUACCUACUGUUGCAGCAGGUUCUGUGAUUAGUGAAAGCAUUCAUUUAGUUGGAGAUAAAAAGAAAUAUCCACUCAAAGCAUUUGAUCAGAAAAUCAAGUCAUGGAAGGUCGAUCAAAAACAGGGUACCAUUGGCUACGUGGACAAAGAUGGCGCCAUUGUGAUCAGUGUUCCAGGAACGUACUACAUUUAUUGUCAAAUGCAUUACUACAACGAGAAAGAACACUUAACGGGUCAYWUCACYUACAUCAACGACAUUAAGAUUUUGGAAAGCAUCGUUGGGAUUUCCAACGGCUCAUUCAGCAAACACUUCACCAAGCAACAUGGCGGCUUGUUCCGAGUUGACCGGAAUGACAGAAUCCAAGUCCGUUUACCCUUCACGCAUAACUCGUAUGAAUUCACAAAGACUUCAAGCUACUUCGGCGCCUUUCGMGUAGGCCCUUAGGGGUUKUCUUUUUGCCCUMUUUUAWKUURCAWAGACUAAAAUGUAAAUAAUAUUUAACACAUUAAGCUGUGGUUGCCGAAUUGUUGUUAUCCAAUCCGGUUUCGUUGCAGCGGUAAAGUUCCCGCCGAAACUGAAACGAGGGGACAUACCAGCAACUGUCAUACACUAUUUAUAGACUAUAGUAACAAACAAUUGGCGCAAAAAAUCAUAUGACAACCGCGCCUAACGUAUAUUGAUUCGACUGAUUUCCAUACAUACAUUUUAUUAAACCUCAAUUAUGUAAUUAUUGUGAUUAUAAUAUUAAAAAUUACUAUGAUUGGAAAAGUAUAACAGUACUCAUAUGAAAAAAACUCCGAUCAGAUGUUUACCACAGAAAAAGUAUAGGUCGAAAAGCCGUAGUAUUUAAUACUUUAUACUAAAGAUUGACUAGAAAAGCAUCUUUUAAAUCUUGAAAUAAGUCUAAUCCAAUAAUGACUGGGAUUAUCGAAACAGGUACUUCCCCAAAAAUAUUACGUAAUAAUUAACAAAACAUAAGGGUUGAUUUCUGAGAAUCGAACUAUUGUGCAGMGACGCGCAAAGAUAAAGGAUGGAAGCUAGGCCAGAUACAAGAWUACUUUUCGCCAGACGAGAUUUUCUCAUCUGUUGUCUUCUCGUUAGCUGUGCCCUGAUWACCAUUGCCUCAUUCACGUUCUCCAUGUACACAGUGAAAGAAUUUAGCAAUAUAAAAGUGCGUCUUACUCAGCUGGAAGAAAAUCAAAGUAACGCUCAUCUAUUGUAUCCAAAARGUWACACARGAAGUACAAGAAAUGUCAGAGAAGUUACAGKAAACGUAAGUUAUGAAAUUUACUGAAAAAUCACGCUAAUGAACAGAAAUGCUAGAAAAAUGUUUACAUAUGUAUAAAUAGAUGGAUGUAAAAGAAAGUUGACCCGGUUAACCAUGCCAGACAAAACAGGAAAUUUAUAGUUGCACAUUGCAUCAUGAAGUACAUACUGCAAAGUACAAAAACCAGUCGUUAUCACCAGUAAGCAAGUACCAAAGUACCAACUUAAACUACAUGAAGUGUAUAACGUAAAUACAGCACGUUUACAAACAAACACAAGAAUAUUUCUGGUUGCCAAGUUGAAAAAUAAUAGUAACAAUAGUCGGUCAGUAGAAGUACUUUCACUUUCGAGACGUAUUACGUUACAAGCCUUGUAAACAGCAUCAAAAUAUCAUGUUUUGGAUGAAAAUCCCAAAAAAAUAUCGACAUCGAUAAUUCAUGUGUGUAGGCAUAUCUUACCUCCUAUGGUCAAUAAUUUGGUAUGAAUAUUUAAACUCUUUAUCUGUCCUAACGUGUUUCUAUUUAAAAGAUUUGUCUACCUUAAAUUCGGAAGAAAUUGGUGUAGAAUUAUUACUGUCUGAAUUGUAUUGUAACAAAAAGCACAUGAGAAAAGAAGAACCUUAUGAUGGACAUGUGCUUCCGCGUUAAGACAAUGUAUUCACUCUACCGCAUAAUCAUCUAGCAUCAAGGUGAUCCGAAAUUCAUGUCUAAGCGGGAUUUUAUGUUUUAUGUGAGGUUUUAAAGCGGCCCCAGGUGUUGAAUUUCACCGUAGAUCUUGAAUUCAAUGCAUGAGCAUCCAGCAUGGAUAAUAAUUAAAAUCCUGCCUGAGCGUAGUAAGGUUAACACCCACCCCCCUCCCCUCGGUAACACCCCCACCCCACCCCCCUGGGUCCAUGGAAGAACACGUCUUUGUCGAGUUUAGUAUAAGAGGGAUUUUUCUUUUGUAUUCAAAGGUCUUUAUUUUUCAAUAUAAACUAAUACAGGCGAAUUAUAAACCAGGGAAGGGUUUGAGACAUUUGACUUAUAACCUAUAAUUAUGAAUGCAGGGUCCAUGUUAGGGUUAAUCCCGAGGGAUCUAUAUAGCUUAAUGGCGAGGUUAAUCCCGAGGGAUCUAUAUAGCUUAAUGGCGAGGUUUGAGGGCCUAAGAGAUCGUCCUUAUUAACCAGUUUCAAUGAAAGACGUCUGGAAAAUGUCAGAUUUCAAUUUUUUGUUAAUAAGUCCAGUAUUUUCAUCAAAAAUAUUAUUUGGGUUCUUAGAAUUCAGUACUUGUUAACAAUUGACUACAGUAAUUUUCAUGGUGAGAUAAAAUCGAUCUUUCCAGACAAUUGAUAACCAAAAUCUUUGUUUUACAAAGAAUAUACGAAUGUUUAUGUGGUAAUACUGAAGAACGACUAUCCACUACACCAGYAUAGUAUUAUAUCACUGCGUGCACGAGUGAUAAUAACUUAAAACUGAUUUAUAUUAAAAUGAGACCCAAGAGGAAUUAAAAUUAAGCCAUUCAAAGAGAUAAAUAUUUCUGGGGUUUUUUUAUAUUUAAGGUAAAGCGAAAUAAUAUCCAAAAACAUCUGAAGAGACACUAUGCACCUUGUCCUACAGAUUGCUUGGAAAAGUAUUUUUGAAGCUUAAAAUGCAUUCUUAAGUCCAAUUAAAUGGUGGCCAUGGAGGGAUUGCCCCUAGAUGGCGGAGUUCGGCCUCGUGGACUAUCAAUUCGUAGUCCAGUCGACCUCGUGAUAUAAUGCAACAUAAGUUACUUUGAUUUCUAAGAAUCGAGCUAUUUGUGCAGAGACGCGCCGAAAUGUCUACAUGAAAGCCAUGGCAGAUAUAAGAUCGCCUCUUCUCACCGUUUGCCUUCUAGGUCUUCUAGUUUGCUGUGCUCUGCUUACGAUUGUGUCAUUCACGUUUUUUGUGUUCAUAUUGACAAAGUUUAGCGAUGUUGAAGUGCGUAUUACUGAGCUUGAAGAAAAUUAUCAACUGAAUUCAAACAUUGUUUAAAAGGAAGUACAACAAAAUCUCACAGAUUCUUUGACGAGAAAGUAUAUUACAGCUCCACUAACAAGUCAAUCAUGCUAUACAAGUGUAUACUGCAAAGUACAAACACAACGAGUCAUCCGACAGUCAUGAAGUACCAAAGUACCAUUCGAAAACGCACGUACAGACUGUAAAUAGCACGAUCUGUGAAACAGACAUAUUAAUUUGUCUGAAYGGUAAGGGGAUAAGCAAUGGACGGACCCCAUUUAAGAUUUUUUGCGGCAGAAUGGGGUAGGGCGUAGGUUGGGGGAGAAGAGAAAAUAUCUUUCACAGUAAAAGUUCCAGAAAAUUCAUUUGUAAGGCUUUUGGUAUGUAAUUUKGUAUAAAUUAACGCCUUCCGUGCAACUUAUUUUUGAAACAAUCAAUUUCAAAAUGGAUUCCAACAAUACUAUUGAAAUAAUCAUCAAUUUUAUCAGAUGAAAUAAUUGUACCUAUUCACGAUUCGGCUAUAUAAUUCUAAAAACAUUUUUGCGCUCUCAAAAAUGUUUUUUACCCUAGUAAGUAACAAAAACAAUCCCCUCAAAAAAUCAAAUGGCCUGUCACUAAAGUUCUUUCUUUCACKACAUUUGAUAGACGUMAAAAAGCCGUGGACUAUAGUUAAUAGAAUUGUUUUCUUUGUGUCUAUUUGACUUUAUCACACAGUUUGAUUUUCACGGGUUUAUGACCUCACUCUAUCACAAGACAUGYCAACAUGCAAGUCGACAGGGAACACGGGUUUUAAUUAAUUCGUGUAGGCAUAUCUUAACCUCCUAUGGUCAAUAAUUUUGCUGAGACUUUAGGUAUGAAUAUAAACUCUUUAUCUGUCCUAACGUAUUUCUGUUUAAAAGAUUUGCCUUCCUUAAAUUCGGAAGAAAUUGUCAAAUUUCUAUAUAUUAAAAAUCGUAUUUGUGAAAUUCAAUUAAUUCUUUGACCCGUGGCCGAGGCUCGAACCCCAUUCAACUCCAACCAUUUGCUUCUCAGACUUAUUGACCAAUCCGGAAUUUAUAUAUUAUAAACUAUAUCCUAUCAUAAGCAUAUAAUCUACUCGUAAACAAAUCAAAUUCAAUUCCUGAACUUAGUAUUUCAAGACGUCUUCCAUGAAACGACAUUGAAAAGGUUGUGGUUAGUUUAAUUACGAGUAUAAGUAAACGAACCGGCAUCAACUCAUCGAUCCCUCAGGCGUAAUGCUGAGACUUUGCACUCAYAAUUAGGUUAUAAACAAUUGCUUUUAGACUAGGUUUGCGUGAGGAAUAUUUCCUACCGUCGUAUAUUUGUCGGCACACGAAUAUACAUGUAACAGGUACAUAUGGAUAAACUAGUAGAACACCUGGAAUAGGUUUAGAUUACAAAAUGUAGAACUCGUAAGUACGUCGUUAAUUCAAAAUUUAAAACCUGCCUCGGGUCUUCMCGAGAAAAUCUGUAGUAAGCCAUCCAAGGGUACAGCUAGUCAGUCAUYCGACGUCAAGUUAUGACAUUAAACAAAAUCUGAGACGAUUCUUGGUGCGAAUUUUUGAAGAAUUUUUUGA